GCAGUGAGAGAGAGAGAGAGAGGAGGGAGGAGGAGGCCGAGCCAGAUUUCCUCUCAGGCACUCCCAGUCUUUUAAGGCCCUGAGCUCAGCUAACAGUCCCUGGACUCUCCUUAAGUCUGGCUCUCUGCUAACAGAGCCAGAGUGACACCUUACUGGACCUCAUCUCAGGCCGGCCAUCCAUGGUGUUAUCCCUCUUUAUCUGAGGCUCUCAACUUCUGGAGGUCUGGCCUCCCUAGUGGACCUUUACUUUGGAACUUUCACUGGAAUGACUGAAGAAUAGAAAUGGCUCUUGAAGGCCCACGUAUCCAAGAUGACCCAGACAUCAAGGUCAUGAUGGCAGGGUCAACUCUGCGUAAAGUGAAGUCCAAGUCGUGGAAAAAGCAGCGACAUUUCCGCCUCCUGGAGGACGGGCUGACAAUCUGGUACAAGUCAAGAUGGGCAGGGAAAGGACACUCCACCUUCUCAAUAACGGAGCUGGAGGCUGUCCGUGAAGGCCAUCAGUCGGAGGUCCUGUUGAGCAUCGCUGAAGAAUACCCCGCUGACCUCUGCUUCACUUUAGUGUUUCAUGGACGCCAAGGAAACCUGGAUCUAGUGGCAGAGUCUCCAGCGGAGGCCCAGGCCUGGAUUCAGGGAGUCCGUAAACUGAUUCACAAGGCUGAGACCAUGGAUGAGAAGGAGCGGCUGGACCAAUGGGUCUGGGACUGGUUUCAUAAAGCGGAUAAAAACAAAGAUGGAAAGAUGAAUUUUAAGGAGGUGCGGAAACUUCUGAAGAUGAUGAACGUGGAAAUGAAUGAGGAUCACGCUCUACACCUCUUCACGAUGGCUGAUAAAUCAGAAAGCGGCUCUCUGGAGAUCGAGCAGUUCGUUCUCUUCUAUAAGAUGCUGACUCAGAGGGAUGAAGUGUGGAAGGUGUUUCAGGAUUACUCUGGAGAUGGAGAGAAGUUAAUGCUGGAGGAGCUGGACAGCUUUUUGAAGUUGGAGCAGCAGGAGGGAGAGGAAAGUUCCCAGCAUGCCCAGGAACUUAUUGACCACUACGAACCGUCUGAAUCAGCCAAGAAGCAACGUGCCAUGUCCUUCGAUGGCUUCCAGAUGUACUUGUGCUCACAGGAGGGCUCCAUAUUUAAACCUGAGCUUCGAGACCUUCAUCAGGACAUGAGCCACCCGCUCAGCCACUACUUCAUCUCCUCCUCACACAACACCUACCUCCUGGAGGACCAGCUCAGAGGACACAGCAGCCUGGAGGCGUACAUCCGGGCUCUGAAGAGAGGCUGCCGGUGUGUAGAGAUUGACUGCUGGGACGGCAGUGAUGGAGAACCAAUCGUGUAUCACGGUCACACUUUAACGUCAAAGAUCCUUUUUAGAGAUGUCAUUUCAACGCUGAAAGAAUACGCCUUCAAGGUGUCAGACUUCCCUGUCAUCCUGUCCCUGGAGAAUCACUGCAGUGUGGAGCAGCAGACUGUCAUGGCCCAGCAUCUCAGCCAGAUUUUAGGGGACACACUUCUGACCACGCUGCUGGAUGGGCAGGUCCCGCAACAACUCCCCUCUCCACAGGAGCUAAAGGGGAAAAUCUUACUGAAAGCCAAGAAGAUUGGUGGUCUAGAAAGUUCUCUGGAUGAAACCCUGACAGAUGAAGUCAGUGAUGAGGAGGAGACGGCCAACAGCGACGCAGAGACUCUCUCUUCAGAGGAUCCACCUGUCAACCACAGUGCAAAGAAGUCCAAGUCCAAACUAUCCAGGCUGCUGUCAGAUUUGGUGGUUUACUGUAAGAGUGUUCACUUUCACAGCUUCGAACAUUCCCGUUUAAAUGCUAAAUGCUAUGAGAUGUCUUCAUUCUCUGAAUCCAAGGCCAAGAAACUCGCUAAAGACGCAGCCACAGAUUUUGUUCAGCACAACGUGAGACAGCUGAGCAGGAUCUACCCCAGUGGGCUCAGGACGGACUCCUCCAACUACAACCCUCAGGACAUGUGGAACAUGGGCUGUCAGAUAGUGGCCCUGAACUUCCAGAAGGCCGGACUGGAAAUGGAUCUGAAUGAUGGGCUGUUCCAGCAGAACGGGUGCUGCGGCUUCAUCCUCAAACCUGACUUCAUGAGAGACGGAGACACUCAGUUCAGUCCAGAGAAGCCAGAGGAGCGGCAAGGCUAUAAACCACUGCGCUUAUCCAUCCAGGUGAUCAGUGCUCAGCAGCUGCCAAAGGUGAAUCAGAAAGAGGGCUCGAUAGUAGAUCCUCUGGUCAGAGUGGAGAUCUAUGGAGUACCGCAGGACCAGGCCAAAGAGGAGACCACACACAUAAACAACAACGGUUUUAACCCGGUGUGGAAUGAGACUUUAAAUUUUGUCAUCCACACUCCUGAGCUGGCCCUGGUUCGAUUUGUGGUGGAGGACUACGAUAAGGCAUCCAGGAACGACUUCAUCGGACAGUUCACUCUACCGUUCACAUGCAUCCAAGCAGGAUAUCGUCACAUCCAUCUGCUCUCUAAAGAUGGAACAGCGAUUCCUCCUGCCUCUGUCUUUGUCAACAUCAGCAUCUCAGAGGUCAGGUGAAGAUAGACAAAAGAUCUAAGGAUAUGAAACCAGAAGGGGAGAAAACUCCUGUCUGCAAUAGCCUGGAAGCAUGCAAUAAAACUUUAUCUGACACAUCAGCAUGGCUGGAAAUUGGCUGUGAAGUGAAAUUUCUACAGUUAGAAUUGUUCUCCUUUACCAGAGUUCUCCUAAUAUUACAAAGAAGCUUAAAAAAAGACUGUCAUUGACGUCUAAACAAAACUGACAAAUUCUUUUUGAAUGUUACCUGCCAUUAUUUAUUUCUUUGUCAUAGUCAAAGUCUUAAUUCAUUUUUUAUGUAAAUAUUCUGCACUUUUUUUUACAUAUCAAACUGCAGAAAAAAGAAGAAACAUGAAAUGAAGGAUUGCUGCAUGUCUUUGAUACAGAAUAAUCCUUACUGCAUUUAAAUGAGCUUUAUAAUAGACGAGAGACUUUGAGUUUAUGGUUAAAAGCUUUAAAUGUAGUAACAGAAUGGGAAAUGUUCGCAAAAUAUCAGUAUUAUCAGCCUAAAGUAUUCACAGCUUUGCAUCAUGUUGUUUAACCUACAGUUCAGUGCCUGCUUGAGUUAUUUCUAUUAACUGAUGUACAAAUUCCAAACAGUAUUGUUGUUUAUAAUGUAAAUAUGUGUAAAUAUUGGCCUGUUGAUAUGUGCAAUGGAUUUUUUGAAAUGUUCAUAUCAGUGGAAGUAAAAUUCAUUAAUUGACACAAA